GGCCGCGCCCAGCCUUUUGGCGACGGUCCUUGGUCCCGGCCGUGGCGGGGGUCGCAGGUUGUCCGGGGUAGGUUCUCCUCGGCGCUCCCCCAUGGAGGAGGCGGCGCUCACUGCUGCAGCCCUGGAUGCUCUCACCUCCUUCUGUACGGCGACGAAGGCGCUGGCCGCGCGAGCUCAAGAGGCGGCGGCCCGUGCGGCCUGUGUGGGCGUGUAAGCGGAGGUGACCAGGGCCAGUUAGUGGAGGGGAAGCCGCAUGGCCGGCCUCCAAUUGGGUAAGCUGUCUGUUGAAGCAGUAUGUUGUCCUUGGUUGAGUAGGUUUCAUGUUGGCCGGAGCUACUCUGCCAGGGUUUAAAACUUUAAAUGAGAAUAAAGAGUAUUUACAAGGAAAUGAAAGUGAAUAAGUCAUCUCUAACUGCUUCCAGACUUUUUUUCAUAAGAGAGACCAUAUUAAACUUACAUAUUUGAAGAUUGCAUAAUCCUGCCUCCAGCACCAGUGGUUUCUCUGUUUUGUGAUCAAUGUGACUCACAAGAACUUCUUUAGUAACAAACGAAAUGAUCCAGGGGCGUGGAAAAUAUGACUUUUACAUUGGUCUGGGAUUGGCUAUGAGCUCCAGCAUUUUCAUUGGCGGGAGUUUCAUUUUGAAAAAAAAAGGUCUUCUGCGACUUGCCAGGAAAGGCUCCAUGAGAGCAGGUCAAGGUGGCCAUGCAUAUCUUAAAGAAUGGUUGUGGUGGGCUGGAUUGCUAUCAAUGGGAGCAGGUGAGGUGGCCAACUUUGCUGCAUAUGCCUUUGCACCAGCCACCCUAGUGACUCCGUUAGGAGCUCUCAGCGUACUAGUAAGUGCCAUUCUUUCUUCAUACUUCCUAAAUGAAAGACUUAAUCUUCAUGGGAAAAUUGGAUGUUUGCUAAGUAUUCUAGGAUCUACAGUUAUGGUCAUUCAUGCUCCCAAAGAAGAGGAAAUUGAGACUUUAAAUGAAAUGUCCCACAAGCUGGGAGAUCCAGGUUUUGUGGUCUUUGCAACACUUGUGGUCAUUGUGUCAUUGAUACUAAUCUUCGUGGUGGGACCUCGCCAUGGACAGACAAACAUUCUUGUGUACAUAACAAUCUGCUCUGUAAUUGGAGCAUUUUCCGUCUCCUGUGUUAAGGGCCUGGGCAUUGCUAUCAAAGAGCUCUUUGCUGGAAAGCCUGUGCUGCGACAUCCCCUGGCCUGGAUUCUGCUGCUGAGCCUUAUAGUCUGUGUGAGCACACAGAUUAACUACCUGAACAGGGCCCUGGAUAUAUUCAAUACUUCCAUUGUGACUCCAAUAUAUUAUGUAUUCUUUACAACAUCAGUUUUAACUUGUUCAGCUAUUCUUUUUAAGGAAUGGCAAGAUAUGCCUGUUGAUGAUGUCAUUGGUACUUUGAGUGGCUUCUUUACAAUCAUUGUGGGAAUAUUCUUGUUGCAUGCCUUUAAAGAUGUCAGCUUUAGUCUAGCAAGUCUCCCUGUGUCUUUUCGAAAAGACGAAAAAGCAAUGAAUGGCAAUCUCUCUAACAUAUAUGAAGUUCUUAAUAAUAAUGAAGAAAGCUUAACCUGUGGAAUUGAACAACACAGUGGCGAAAAUAUCUCCCGAAGAAAUGGGAAUCUCACAGCUUUUUAAGAAAAAUGUAAUUAAAAGGUUAAUCUAUAAUUGUGUUAUAAAGUGAACUUUAAUAUCAGAAUGUGUCUGAAAAAGCAUUGUUCUCAAAAAAAAAAAAUGUUCUCUAGAGACAAUCUUUUUUAAAGUUUCACUGAUUUGGACCAAGAAAUUACUUUUCUUAUAUUUACAUGAUGGUAGCUCACUAAAAUGACCUCAGUACCUGGCCAAUUUCUAUUAACAUUGUAUUAUUAUAGAGGUAUUUUAAAUUUUUCCUUCACCGAAAUCUAAAUGCACUGACAGUUUUAAGUCUAUUGAAAAUGCUUUAUUUUUUCAUUGGUGAUGAAAAUCUGAAAUGUACAUUUGUCAUCCCCACUCCAUCAAUCCCUGACCAUUUGAAGGCUUUUUGAUUUAAAAAGGAACAAAAUUUUCCUAACACAUUAUCCUGUGAUUUACCUUAAUUAUAAAAAUGACUCCUGUUUGAUGAAUUAUUUUGAGAUAUUAAAGAGAAUCGUAAGUUAUAAAAUGAAGAAAAACUCAACUUACCAAACAAAAAAGGGUAGGAAGCUGCGUGAUGGGAGAUGUUUCUCACACUGACUUUUCACCACACAUUUGAUGGUCUUUGUAUUCCUUGAUGGCACCUUGCUAAAACCAGCUCAUCUGCGUCAGGCUGCAGCCUGACUGGUUUUAUUCUUCACUCUGAUCCCUUGAUACCUGGAAUCUUGAUUUACCAUUUUACAUCAGCUCUUGUACUUUUCAGUAUAUUUUCAUAAUGAGUUACAUUGUCAUCUAGAUCUAAUAACUCUGGGAAAUAAAGUCCAAAGACUAAUUUCUUAAAUUUAGCUCAUGUUAUAAUAAAAAGACAAAUUGGAAGUUCUUUUCAAGUCUGAAUGCUUAGAACAAACAUGUUUGUAAAAUAUGGUUUCUUUGUACCCAGUAUCUUAUUUUGCUUUAGAGUUUGUUCAGAUCACGGUGUAUUUUCGUCUAAAAAUGUCCAUGAAAAGACGUUUAUGGAAAAUAUCAAAUGUAUGCAAAAAAGGUAGACUAGUAUAAUGAACUCCAUCCAGCUUCAGAACCAAUCAUCAUAGCAAUUAAUUGGGCUUUUAAAAAUACCAUUUCCACCUGGGUAGUAGGAAGAACAUGGGCUUGUUCCCACUGUGCUGCUCCUGUCCAAGGUCACACAGCUUAACCCCUACUGUGUAACCAGUCACCACUGGUGCCUCACUGUCCUUGCCUGGGGGUUGCUGGAUCCUCACUGUGGUGGUGGCACCAGCGUCCCACCACACAGCUAUUGGCUUUAUCAGGGCAAAAUUUCAUGAAAUAAAUUCCCUUUCCCCAUUUUUUUUUUUUUGAAUCCUCUAAGGAGCCUUUGUAGACUUUUUUUUUCUAAUUGCCUCCCCCAUGUAAUCUUAAUGUCACAGAUAACACUGUUUAUGUACUAUAUAUCUAUACACCUAACAGAACCAGUUUUCACCCCCGUGGGUGUGAUACGGCACUCAGAAUGCAUAGAUUAAUAAAUUCUUAAUUCAA